UGCUAUGGAUCCUUUUUUCUAACACUUGCAGAUUUCAGCCCCGGCCACGAUGUUUGCUGUCAGCGGAUGGAAAAGUCUUCCUCAAUUUAUGGUUCAUACCCCAUUCUUCUGAAGUGCUGAUUAUGUUCAAAACUCUGCCAGAAAAGGCAGCUUUUAAAGCCUUAAAGCGAACUCUACAGCUGAUAGCUCCUCUGCAUGAUAUCGUGGCCUACCUUGUCAGUUUUGCUAAGCUUGGCAAUUGUGCAGCAUGUUUUGAAUUUCCUCUAAGUCCCAACCCUUUGAGAGGAGACUGGGGAGGAACUGAGGGCAUUGGGUCUGAGCUUCAAGAGCUGCAGAACAUGAUUGACAGCCUCCAGAGCCCCCAAGACCCUACCCGGGUGGCCCAGGCACUUCUCCUCCGGAGGGAGGUUAUGUUCUUGCAGUUUGACGCUGCAGUGAGGCAUCUCAUCCGAAGAACGUUUUUGGCAGCUGGAAAUGUUCCUGCCUACCAGUCUGUCACAGACGGCAUGUGCCAUGGGCUACCAGCACUGAGCAACUGUCUCAGGAAGAGCAUUUUUGCCUCGCAGCUCAGCCUGCCCCAGCCACUGGAUCCACGGAGCCUCCAGGCAUUUGAGCUGUUUCCUUGGAGAGCAUUUCUGGAAGAUGGAGGACUAUUCCCAGCUAUGAGUAGCAGCCCAGAUACCCUAGAAUAUAAUAUGCAGGUAGGAUAGGUCUUCUCCAUUGUUACAGAGAGAACUUCUUGAGUGCAGACUGCAAAGAUGGUUGCCAUUGGGUCCACAGGUCAGAUCCUCCUACUCUCACCCAUGAUGAAAAAUGUGUG